AACGACGACGACGACGCUGCUACGCGGCGGCGGCGGCGGCACGACGCCGACGAAAACCUACACGAUUGGACUCCGGCCAGCACGAGGUUCGCCGAGCGUCCCGACGAGGCGUGCCGAGGCUCCGCGACGCCUGACGUCGCGACGCCGCUGCCCCGCGGCCUCAGUGUGCCGCGCUACGUCGGACGUGCGUCGCCGUGUUGUGUUCCUUUUUGUUGUUCUGUGUGGACCUUUCGUUUCUGGCCGCGUGUGGUAUCGCGAGACAUGUGACGGAACGGCUCGGAAGAUGACGAACGGAUUCGGCAAGCUACCCGGCCACCGGAAGUAAAUUCAAGUUUCGUCGGCGGGAGAGUGAACUCUCGAGCGAGCGCCGGAGCGCGAGGACAGAAGGCCGCAGUCAUUGUUUUCCCACGCUCGAUCGAUAAGUGUCCGCUCUCUCUCUCUCUCUUUCCCUCUAUUUCUCUCUCCGUGUGCGAGUUCCGCGCGAAAAAAACUUUCAACGGAAGACCGGCUUCGCGGCGGUCGCUAAAGGUUCCGCCGCGCGCGUAUAUAUAUCCGUGUGUAUGUGCGCGGGGUGCGUGAGAGUGGGUGCGCGAACCUUCCGUUUCGUGGAUAACAAUCAAAGCGGCCGGAAGCUCGGCGGUUCUCCAGCUGGAAGAUUACUCUUCCGGGAGCUCAUAAAUCCGCCGGGGGCGAUUCCCGAGCACGCCUCGUGAAUCUUGAUCCGCUCGAAAGGGCGAAAGUGCGGGGAGGAGGAGGCGUGCGCGCGCGCGUCACGGCCCGCCCUUCGUUCGCCCCUCGCGUCCUCUAAGUACAACGAAAACGUUCGCGAGCCGGCUGAAACCGCUUCGGCGCCAAUAAAAAAUUCACCGCGCGAUAAGAGACAGUUCCACAGGGGUUGGAAAUUGGUUUUGAAAUAUCAAUAGGCGAGCGGCGAACGCUGCGCGGCCCAAUAUCGAAAGAGCGAGCGAGAAAGGGAGAGAAAGAGAGAGAGAGAGAGAGAGAGAAGGGCCGAGUGUCGCUGAUACGAAGAGCGGACGAGAGAAAGAAAGGGGUGUCGUCGAGGCGCGCCUCUGAAAUUGCUGGUGUGUUACGGAAGAUCCGUCGAGGAACACGAGGGCAAGAUGGCCGAGAAUUCGCUGCGGAGGAAGACCAGGUCGGCGUCGAUCUGCGCGCCCGGGUUCUCCAGCAUGGAGCAAAUGCUGGAGGCGAUGCCACCCUCGGGCGCCAGGGAACGGGACCGGGUCGACAGGGAGAAGGACAGCGGGAGCGGCACCCCCGACAGCAGCACCCCGACCAGAAGACGCAGGCCCGCCACCAGGUCGCAGAGCGCUCGCGUUUCCGGCGCGAAUAAGAGCAUUCGACGCCGAGCAGCUGCCCAAGCUGCACAACACCACCAAGGCACGGUGAAGUCUGCCCACUGCAGCAGCGAGCCGAGAUUGACGGACAAUGACAUCAGCCCCGGCCUCAGAAGAAGAGGAAGUCGAAGGGGACAGAGCAUGCACCACACUCAUCACAGGAAGAGCAAUGCAUUUUUAGACGUUCCUGACACCUCGUCCCAGAUGUCGUCGAGGGAAGACGGCGAGGACGAGGACAGUUACAGGCUCAGAAGCUUCAGUCUCACCAGCAAAGGUAUCGUCAAUAGAGGCGACUCGUUCAGGAGAAGAAGAUCAAGAUCGAACUCCUUGGCGCCGGCUAAUUCCGAGGCUGAAGAAAAGAAUGUGCCGCCAGCGAAAGAAGUUUGCUCGUACACGGUGGCCAUGCUGGGCGCAAGGGGCGUCGGCAAGACCGCCCUGAUUAGCCAAUUCAUGACCAGCGAGUGCAUAAAUGCUUACGAUAGGCAGAGAGACGUACCCAGCGAGCAAUCUGUCUUCGUUAUGCUGAACGGCGAGGAGAGCGAAUUGAGAUUCCUGAAUAUUUCGAACCCGAAGACGGAGCUAGAGAGCGUGCAUCCGGACGCUUUCGUCGUGAUGUAUUCCGUGGUUGAUAAGGCGUCCUUCCAAAGAGCCGAGGAGUACCUAGAACGCCUUCACGAUCAAGAAUUCCUGCGUGGGAAAUCUGCGAUCCUAGUCGGCAACAAGGUGGACCUGGUCCGAUCCAGGGUGGUGUCUUCUCAAGAUGGCAAGUGCAUGGCGUGCACCUACCGGGUGAAGUUCAUCGAGGUCUCGGUCGGCAUCAACCACAACGUGGACGAUCUGCUGGUCGGCAUACUGAAUCAGAUCCGGCUGAAGAACGUGCAGGGGAACGCGGAGAACCGGGCCGCGAACGGGACCGAAGGCGGCGGCCAUUGGUACAAGUCCAGAGGCGUGGUACGUGCCAGCAUGAAGGCUAGACAAAUGUUGACCUGGUUGUUCGGCAAGGAGGACAGUAAGUUCAAGAAUUGCGAGAACCUUCACGUGCUCUAAACGACAGAAAAAGAGAGAGAGAAAGAGAGAGAGAGAGAGAGAGAGAGAGAGAGAGAGAGAGCGGAUCUGUCAGUGGUACCUGAAGACGGAUAUUGUACGGGGUGCGGAACCGGCUUGUGCGAUUCUUUUCCAGGCGAUCUCCUCGCCUGCCGAGAAACGAAACUUACCGGAUCGUAAAACGGGGGCGCUUUUCGUCUCGUUCCCGCGACUUUUCGGCCAAACUUUAUCAUCGAACUGCGGAUUUCCGAUGCAUUUGUCGGGCGCCCGGACCGUUCGUAAGGCAAUCGAGACACGCGCGUACGAACUGUAUCAGGUCGUUGCAUAAUUUCUCCUAUAUUUCUGGCCGCGAUUUAAAUAUGCAAUACGGCGGAACUUCUGUGCCCGCGGACUCCGGAGACCAAGAGCAGUUCGUGCAACUGGGACGUUCGCGUAAUACAGGGUGAUUCGAAAUAGAUUGUAGCAAGUUCCUUCUUGAAGUUAUUUAAAUUUGAGCGGUUUAUUUUGAAAGUGGCAUAAGUCACUUUACCGUAAUGAAAAGUGGUGAUUUUUUA